UAUCUGCGUCUUUUCAGUCGUAGUCUGAAUCUGCUACAGACACGCCAGCUACCCCAUAACAACAUUUAAAGAUGUAAAAUCAUCACAACAAUAUACAAAUGCAUUAACAAACAGAUUUAUUCCGCACUUAAACCAACGCUCUCUAUUCACUGGGAGCUGGUCGAAGAAGAUGACCCUUUUCUCUUCGCUUGAGAAAGCUUUGCUGCUGUGUGGGGGAGAGAGAGGGUUACAUCCUGUGGCGUUUCCUGUGUUUGUAAACUAGACGGUCUUGAAAACGUCGGGCGAGUGAAGCUGAAAGUUUUAAUGCUAGAUGAGUGAGGUGGGUGUGGCUUCCCACCAGCCCGACCAUCCUGACUGACGGAUCUCUGGAUGACCUUGUCCCCACCCCUGUCCCUGCGCUCACAUACACCACAGCAAUGUCACAUCUGCCCAGCAGCUCAGUCCGCGACCAUAUGAAAUGGGCGGGGCUGCUUGGCUGCGAGGCUGUCCUCUCCAGCAUGGCCCUGAUGCAGGCCAGCUCCAUGGCUGCUCCGCCCAAAAAAAUGAUGGCUCCACUUGGCCAUGGACCACCACAGAGAGAGGGACCUGAUCGUGCUCCCCAGAGCCAUAUGAUCCUCCCAUCCGGAAUGAGCUGUCCACCCCUGGUUAGGACCCACUUCGGAAAUCUUAUCCGGAAGGAAGGUGAAUUCCAAGCUCCCCGCCUUCUGGAUGAGAAGGAGAUGAGGGCCAAUGAGGACAUGCAGCAGAAAAAAAAGAACAGGAAAUCAGUUACUCCCUGCAAAGUGAGAGAACAAGAAGGAAGGGGAGGGAAGGGCACGGGGGGAGAUGAGAAUGGUCCAUCAUCCAAAGUGCAGAAAAACUUUAUUUGUGAUCACUGUUACGGAGCAUUUAGAAGUGGAUACCACCUGAAGAGACACAUCCUCAUUCAUACAGGGGAGAAGCCGUAUGCUUGUGCCGUAUGUGACAUGAGGUUUAUUCAGCGUUACCACCUGGAGAGACACAGCCUCAUUCACACGGGGGUGAAGCCGUACGCUUGUUCCAUGUGUGACAUGAGGUUUUUCCAGCGUUACCACCUGGAGAGACACAGACUCACUCAUACGGGUAUGCGUCCAUUUACCGUACCCAGUUCAAGGGUGAAGCCGUACGCUUGCUCCAUGUGUGACAUGAGGUUCUUCCAACGUUACCAUCUGGCAAGACACAGCCUCACUCAUACUGGGGUGAAGCCAUACGCUUGCUCCAUGUGUGACAUGAGAUUUUUCCAACGCUACCACUUGGCAAGGCACAGCCUCACUCACACGGGGGUGAAGCCAUAUGCUUGCUCCAUGUGUGAUAUGAGAUUUUUCCAGAGAUACCACCUGGCAAGACACACUCUCACCCAUACGGGGGUGAAGCCAUACGCUUGCUCCAUGUGUGACAUGAGGUUCUUCCAGCGUUACCAUUUGGCAAGACACAGCCUCACUCAUACUGGGGUGAAGCCGUAUGCUUGUACCAUGUGUGACAUGAGGUUUAUACAACGUUACCAACUGGAGAGACACAGUCUUACUCAUACGGGGGUGAAGCCGUACGCUUGCACCAUGUGUGACAAGAGGUUUUUUCAGCGCUACCACCUGGCGAGACACAGCCUCACUCAUAUGGGUGUGAAACCUUAUGCUUGCACCAUGUGUGACAUGAAGUUUUUUCAGCGUUACCACCUGGCGAGACACAGCCUCACUCAUACGGGUGUGAAACCUUAUGCUUGCACCAUGUGUGACAAGAGGUUUUUUCAGCGCUACCACCUGGCGAGACACAGCCUCACUCAUAUGGGUGUGAAACCUUUUGCUUGCACCAUGUGUGACAUGAGGUUUGUUCAGCGUUACCACCUGGCGAGACACAGCCUCACUCAUACGGGUGUGAAACCUUAUGCUUGCACCAUGUGUGACAAGAGGUUUUUUCAGCGCUACCACCUGGCGAGACACAGCCUCACUCAUAUGGGUGUGAAACCUUUUGCUUGCACCAUGUGUGACAUGAGGUUUGUUCAGCGCUACCACCUGGCGAGACACAGCCUCACUCAUACGGGGGUGAAGCCGUAUGCUUGUUCCAUGUGUGACAUGAGGUUUAUUCAGCGUAACCACCUGGAGAGACACAGCCUCACUCAUACGGGAGAGAAGCCAUUUGCUUGUGACAUGUGUGAUAUGAGGUUUAUCCAGCGUUACCACCUUGAGAGACACAAGCGUGUCCAUAGUGGGGAGAAGCCUUACCAGUGUGAACGGUGCCAGCAGAACUUUUCACGGACAGACCGGCUAUUGCGGCAUCGGCGGUUGUGUCAGGGUCGCGGCGUAGCCAAAGUAGAGAACCAGCCAUGCUGCGAACCACGCCCAUACCCCCAAGAACCCCCACCCGCACCCCAAACCUGGAGUCCCCUGCACCCCCCUCCAGGCCGACUGGCGGUUUGACAUUCCACCUUCCGUACAUCCACAACAACACCGCCAAGACGGGACAAGCCACAAGGUUUCUUCUUCACAGCUCUGUGCGGAGGGCCACUCUCUAGCACAGACUGAUCUUGCAGCUCUAGUCUUGGGAUAACUAACGACAGAGGGACAUUUGUGUUUUUUGUUUUGUUGACUUUUUACUGUUUCCUUUACCUUCCUGUGUUUUUUUUAAAAGACAAGACUUUUCUGUGAUGAACAGUGGUCCUGUUUUGUACUUAAUCUAUUUGAUUUCUGAAGAAAAAAAAAAGGUUUUUAUUGUUCAAAUAUAUCUGCAUUUGGUGGUACUCGGGAAGGGCUCUGGGUUUGUUUAUCCUGAUGUGUUAGCAACAAAAUGGGAUGAGGUGGGGAGAGAAAAGCAUUAGAGCUUCUUUCUAAAUGUUUGUCAUGUGGCCCAUUUUGACUCAAAAAGAUUCUCACUUAGGUCAAAAUUAAUAAAACUGAACUUUCCUUCCAGGUGAAGCAAGGACAUCUCAUGGAGGCCAGAGCCUGCUUUCCAUUGUCCCUAACGUAGUGCUAAGCAUCACAUUUCAAUGAAAGCAGUAUCUGGUCUAAAUAUAAUUCAAACUAGGAUUUCCCUGACUUUAUCAACUGAGGAGGUACAAUUUUAUUGAUUACUUUGUGUAAAUAAUUGAAAAUGUUUAUUAUUGUUUACCUAUUGGACUUAAGUGGUGAUCGUUUUUGUGUACAAAAUGGGCCCAAAAUAAACUCAAUUAGAAAUGGGUUCUUCCAUCGUUUCAGUGAAAUCAUAAGGAAACCUGAGUAACUUGUAUGUUUUAUUUAAAAAAAAAAAAAAAAAAGAAGAAAAAAAAGUAACAUCAGACAGCGCUUUAUAACUGUAAACCAGGACUUUCACAAAGUGGAUGAUGAGAGGGGCAGCCUUCAGUUGACUGGCUCUGUGUACGACAUGAAGGCUGGGUCACAGGAGCACCACCUGUGGAUCUCCUGUUCUGUGCUGAUCCUUGGCAAGUUCUCCAACAUUUAUCGAGAGUUAUAGUGUGUGUGUGUGUGUGUGUGUAUAUACAUACGUACAUGCAGAGCUCCCCAGUACGUAACAGAAAAGUGUCUCUCCUGUCUCUGUCCAUAGUUUCUGGUCUAAAAUGGUACAGGUUGGCCACUUGAAGUCCCAUUAUGUUGUUUGUACAGAUAUUCUCAGUGUGAGAUUAUCGGGGGGUAUACACAAUCUUGUGGCCUUAGUGUGUAUCUUAUUAUUUUUUUUCAUUUGCCUUUUUUCUCAACAGUUUAUUAUUGUGGAUCAGAUGUAUUUAAGACAAGACAGCCUUUCAUCAUGUUUUCUUCUUUUUUUCUCUCUCUAUUUUUCCUAAAUCUGUUCGGUAACAGAAUGUUGAUGGCUUCGAUGGCGUUAAAACAGACUAAUGUGUUCUCCUGUCAAGAGAGGUUGUCUUUUCAUGAUGAUGAUGAAUAUUUUGGGUCAUUGUUGCUGAUUACAGUGUAACACAGUAUGUGAAGCCCCCCCCGGCAGGUUGACAGUCCUUGUGAGAAGUCUAGUGCUAAAUCGUUUCCCACUGCAGUGCUUUGGCUGGUCGCACGCCAUAGCAGAAUCAACACUUGCUUGACUCUACUACACACUAACAAUUGCCUUUUUUAUCCAAAUAUUAUGUGGUUGGUGUGUAAUAAUGGAUGUCUGUCAUGUCCUUGGGUUUAGCCUUAAGUAAGUGCUGAUACACAAAUAAUCAUUGUAGUACUAAAUGAUACUGUAACAAUUUCUUUUACAUAUGAACUUUGAUCGUAUUGUGUGAAAGUCUUUGAAGGUCAGAGAGCAGAGAGCCGGUUGACCACUAUGCUGCCUGUUGGAACAAGUUUCUGGGGUGAGAGGAUUUGGCUGUACAUAUCUAGACAUUACAACUGCUCUUUGGUGUCAGAGCAAGUAACAAAACCCAUCAUGGUUGAUUUCAGAGGACGAGAGAACGUGUUUUUUUUUUUUUUUUGUAUUUUUAUUUAAAAAGUCCAGGUAAACUGGAUGAUAUCUGGUGUCUAAUUUCUAGGAUGAACAGAUGUUUGUGUUUGAUACAAGUGAGGAGCAGAUUACUGAGUUCAGUAAUAUUUUACCAAAAGUAUUAUUGGGAAAAUUAGGAAAGGAAAGGUCCAUUGAUAUCAAGACAAAAUUGUGCAACGGUUUAAGUGUGUACAGAGAUGGGAUUCAGUUUGUGUUUUGAUGAGAUAAAGUAAAACCCAGUGGCAGCAAAGGUGCAAAGUUUAAGAAAUACAUUAAUUUGCUCUGGAAACACUAUUCCAAAUGUAGAAGGGUUACUGCUGGUGCGAGCACGUACUGAAAUGGCUGAAGGGCAAUAGUUGACGUCACUUGUUAAUACCUUUUUGUCUUUUAUAGUUUUUAGAAUUCAGAUCAGAGGAUUUAUUUGUCUGAGAAUUUCUCAUAACAUUUUGAUUGUUUCGAGGACCUUUUUUUAUUCUGAUGAAAUUGUAAACACUGGAGUGAAAGGAAAAAAAAGACAGAUGGAUAUUUUUUCCUUCAGACUGUGCUAGAUUUUAGGUUUUAGACCAAGCCUAUUUCUCCUCAACUUGACACAGAAGGUGGACAGAACCAUUUGGAUCAGGACAGAUGAGAGCCCAGUAUGUUCGGUAAUUUAGAGGCAGUAGUACCACAAGAAAAUGUUUUCUUUCUUAUACGCAGUCCCUGGUAUUUGUAGUAAAUUAUAUUGAUAAUGGUAUUAGAUGAACAGCAUAACAGUAGCUAUCACAGAUUAGUUGUUUUCUUUAUUAGUCUUGCAUGCAGAGUUAUGGUCCUCAGUUAAAAUAGGAUCUUGAUAUUGAUUAUUUUGUGUAGGAAAAUGAGUGCAUAAGAAUAACUUCCUAAAAAAAA